GUGAGUUCAGCCAGCAAAUAAAGGGAGAGCAACUUAGAGCACCACCUGUCUUCAAGGUGAAGAGUGAUACUUUAUCUACAGUAACAGUAGAAUACAACAAGAUUAAGUCCUACAAUGACCAGAACUCUUCUACAAAGAGGGAGUUUGAUUAAUCUGAAAUAAACUGGACUGAUCAAGUCUUCACCCACGAUGGAGGACAUCAGUGAAGAACUUUACUGUGAGGAAGUAGAGGAUCUUUCAGCAACAUGUUCUGUCUGUGAGGAUGAUCAUCAUCAGACUGAUACAGGAGGUAAAGGUCAACUUUAGCUUAAUUUGUAUUUAUACCAGUGCUACCUUUAUUUUUUAAUGAAAUACAACAACAAAGUGUCAGACACUGUGCGUAAAGUUCAAAAACAAAUGAAAUUUAAAAAAAAAAAAAAAAGGAAAAAGAAAAAAAAAAUCUCCACAGGCAGAGACGCAACGAGAGUCGCAUUAAUCUGCACCACGUCCGAACGAACCCACGUUUACCAGAACUCCACUGGUUGUUAAGUAAGUACAAACCGGAGUAAAAACAAACCUGAAGCCGAAGAAACUCUAAACGUCAACGGAAAAGACUGCGAACCUGAAGGACAGAGAGCUGUUGUGUGUCAGAGUCAGCAGAGCCUAUCACAGAACGCAGACACAGUCAGAUAACCAAUGAGGAUUUUAAUUCAAUCCGAGCACAGAUACUGAGUCAUAUUACUCGUAUAAUACUCGUACUCGGCAAAAGUGCUCGAUCCGUCCUGGAUAUUCGUUUCAGAGUAUCCGGCUCAACUGUAAUUAUUACCAUUCUUCUUCCUCCAGAUCCCUGCCCUCAUGUGACGAGGACAGUGUAUAAUAUCAGCAGUGAGUUAGUGUCUCUUUUGAAAAGUCCUGCUGGUGAACUGGAGAGAUACAUUGUGACCACAUGCAGGGAGGGAAAUCAUUGUGCACGAGACAACGGACACAAACCUGAAAGCUGCAGAUAUAAGAAGAUCAAGAGGAGAAGGAACAAGAGGAGAAGGAACAGGAGGAGAAGGAACAGUGUCUCCUCACAUGGACGCUCCUGUUGGUGCUGGGCAACAACACUCCUUCCAAGAUCCUGAAGAAAUGGAGCACAGUAUGAGCUCGCCUGAUGUCACAUUUGCACACCCAAAGACACACCUGGAGAUGUUAUUGGAAGAUAUGGGGUUGGACCAUUAUUACAGAGACAAACUAACACUCAAAAGAAUGCUUCAGAUUGAUGAGAAGACCAUCACUGAUGAACAACCUGCCAUGUCCAAAACAGACCUUGCGUGGCAUUUUCUAAAGAAAUUGGUGAUGGUUAAUGUGUCAGCAAGGAAUGUGAAUUGUACAUUUGCAAGUGAGUCAAACUGUGAUGCGGCAUCUGAGGUUACACAGUUUGAUUUUGAUGAUAAUGCUAUUUUUGAUGAGCAAAGUUCAAACAUGCUAAACCCCCUUGACUUAAUCACUGCUCUCUUUCUAUGCUCUGAUGGUUUUGUGCAGCAGGAAAUGACUCUCAAGAUGUCUAUGUGUCAGUUCUCUGUGCCUCUGCUGCUUCCUAAUAGUGACACACAGCAGUGUACACUUAUGCUGUGGGCCAUGAGAGACAUUGUUAAGAAGUACAGACCUCAGUCUCUCUCAGACUCCAAGGGCUUCAUUGAAGAGAGAAUUGUUCUUUCUGAACUUCCCAUGGUUUCUUUUGUGAGACUGGGUGAGUGCACCUUGUCUAAGUCUGAGAUCCUCAACAAGCUCCUGAGCAAUUCUCACCAAUACCACGACACUUUUGUUCACCACAACAUGGAGGGUGGAGACAGUCCAAGAAGAAUAUCCAAUGGACUGACUGAAAUUACUUGGUAUCUUCCUGGAGGAAACAAUAACAUGGACAUUUUCAGUGAGCCUGUGGCUGUUGCUAACCUUCGUGGGGACAUUGCUUCAUUUAAAACCCAAUAUUCAUUUCUGUGUCACACAUCUGCAGCAGUUUUUGUCUUCUUUGACAAUUUAGACUCUGGGUGCAAUCUGCUGACGAACCGAACUGGCAAGGCACAGAUCUUCUUGGUGGGUAACCACAAUGGGAAAAACUUCAGCUUAGAGGCUCUAAGAAAGGUAGCAGCUCAGUUGGGUUUGACUAAGAACAACAUCAUUCUUAAGACGAAACAGAAAAAUUAUGCAGACUUUGUCAAAAGUUUGAGGAAGGCAGUCAGUGAUGUAGUUGAGAAUUCACAAGCGAAGAUGCGAAUAGAGCAGAUGGCUGACAUUGCCCAUGAACUUGGGAUUUUGGUUGAUGAAGAUGCUUCAGAGUGCAAGAAUGGAAAGAAAAAUGCAGAUGCCAUCACUGAAGAAAUCCAAGAUUUCUGAAAUGGAUCCGAAUGAACCUUGAUAACGUGUCUCGUGAAAAACUGUCUGGACUCAGGGAGCGGUACAAAGAAAAAUGCAAUAAUCCUAAAAACAAAGAGGAGAUUAAGAAAAUAGACAAACAGCUUUCUAACAGCUCACUGGG